AUACUUCCCCUUAAUCCGUUUCUGGAUAAAGAUGAUGUGCUGCGGACGGGGGGUCGUCUUGGUACAUCUCUGGAUCUAGCGUACAACGAACGGCAUCCAGUAAUACUUCCAUACAAUUGUAGAUUAUCCCGUCUGAUUGUCCAAUUCAUCCAUGAAACUUCCUCAUACGAACGCAGUAUUGGAUUCCGAAGGUGAAAACGAUGAUAAGGUCCACAAUCCAUAACUGCAAGAUCUGCACUAUCUAUAAAAAACGCGCGCAAGGCCAACUUAUGGGGAUUCUUCCACAAGAGCGAACAACUUUUUCGCGACCAUUUACCAAUGCUGGGGUGGAUUUUGCUGGACCAUUCGACAUUAAGAGUUAUCGUGGACGAGGCUGCCGAAUGUCAAAGGGUUAUGUGUGUCUAUUUGUCUGCUUUUCUACCAAGGCCAUUCAUUUAGAGGCCACAAGCGACCUAAGUACUCAAUCGUUUUUAGCAGCAUUUUCCAGAUUCGUUUCCAGACGAGGGUGUCCAAAAAAUGUGUACUCAGAUAAUGGGACAAAUUUCGUAGGAGCAUCACGGGCCUUAAAAGCGGAGCUAAAGGCAUUUCUAUCCGACGCGCGGACGAAUACGUUAUCAAAAUAUGCCCAUCAGGCAUUGACUUGGCAUUUCAUACCUGCCGCAGCUCCGCACAUGGGUGGUCUGUGGGAGGCAGGUGUGAAAAGCUUUAAAAGCCACUUUAAAAAGAUCGCGUCUAAUAUGAAGUACACAUUUGAGGAAUUCAACACUCUACUAUGCCGAGUUGAGUCGUGUCUCAACUCACGUCCGCUGAGCCCAGCUUCCAAUGAACCAUCUGACCUUGAGCCUUUAACUCCAGGUCACUUUCUAGUAGGCGGACAUCUGUUAGCUCCAACAGAAAUAGAUGUUAACGAGAAUCCUGCCUCGAUUGUCAAUCGGUGGCAGAAACUCAAGGCCUUGCAUCAAAACUUCUGCAGAAGGUGGAAAACCGAGUACCUUUCAGAACUACAAAAGCGGGUCAAGUGGAAGAAUCCUAAAUCAAAUAUGAAAGUGGGAGAUCUAGUAGUAAUCAGAGAAGAUAAUCUACCGCCCCAUGAAUGGCGAUUAGGAAGAGUGGUCAAUUUGCACCCAGGCUCCGACAACCGGGUACGCGUAGUAGAUAUCAUAACAGAGAAGGGCAAA